CCCGCCCUCCCUGCUUCCUUUUGCUCUGUCCUUGCCCUUCAGGGAGCUGUAGCAACAGGUUUGGCUCCUGUAGAAAGGAAGGUGGCAAGGUACCAUGAUCCCAGAGGAGAUUCAGAGACUCCUGGAAGAUGUUGAAGGCUACCUGGCAGAUGCACUGCAGAAUGAAAACUUGAGUGCUAAAGCAAGGGAGCAGAGGGAUGCAAUUCUCUUUGGCUUCCAGCAAGUCAAAGCUAGGUACCACUUGGAAUUUCCACCCCAAGGAGAGGAUUAUCAUGAUGCUUGUUUUGGACAGGACAGUUCUGAUGAAAAUCAGAGCUGGGGUUUGGCCCCUUCCAUGACAUCUGAUGCUUCGCUUCUGUCAGACUUCCAGGAUGACGGACUGGAGGAGACAACACUGAAGCCUGUUCAAGAUAGUGGGACCAUUCUGAAGCAAGGAUACCUGGAGAAGAGGUCCCGAGAGCACAGCUUUUUUGGGUCGGAGUGGCAGAAGCGGUGGUGCGUCCUCAGCAGAAGAGCCUUUUACUACUAUGCCAAUGAGAAAAGCAAGCAACCUAAAGGCACCUUCUCCAUGGAGCACUACAGUGCCCAGCUGGCUCCCCAUCUCCGCAAAGACUCUCGAAAAAAAUGCUGUUUUGAGAUAAUCUGCCCUGGCAAACGGGUGUACGAGUUCACAGCCCCAAGCCCAGCCGAGGCUGAAGACUGGGUGGAUCAGAUCCAGUUCCUCCUGAAGGACCUGAGCUCCCUCACUAUCCCGUAUGAUGAGGAGGAUGAAGAGGAGACCUACAAUGACGUGGACAGUUCUGACUCUGUGAACACAGCAUCCCACAAUACUACCCUGAAUCAGGAUGAGCCGAAUGUUGAGAUGGAAGAGGAUGACAUCUACGAGGUUUUGCCAGAUGAGGAGCCGGAGCCCCCAUUCCCAGAGGACAGUGAGGAUGCCAGGAGCAGACAGAGAAGCGGUAAGAGCCCACGCUGCUCUGGAGGUCCCCAGCGAGAUUACGCUAAUUACUACCAAGGCAUGUGGGACUGCAUCAGCGAGCAUCCCGACGAGCUCUCCUUCCGCCGCGGGGACCUCAUCUACAUCCUAAGCAAGGAGUACAACACGUACGGCUGGUGGGUCGGGGAGCUCAACGACGCGGUCGGGAUCGUCCCCAGGGAUUACCUGGUGGCUGCCUAUGACCUGGAGGAGUGAUGAGGACACAGCACCCCAGGUGCCUCUCUCUCCUUGGCCACACUGAGAUACCAAUGACCCACCAGCCUCCCCCUGCGAUGGGCACCCACUGCACAGAGACCCACGUCCCGUCACCCAGCCGCACACGGCGCCCUGCAGCCCUGCUCUGCCCUGUGGUACCUGCUGUGAUGCCGGGGGGGGGGGUGGGGGGCGCGGGGGGCUGGCAGCCCACAAUAAAGCCACUUUCAUGUC